GAGGAGCCCAGCGGCCCGUGGGGCGGGGGCAGCCAGGAGUUCGAGGAGGAGCAGCCCGGGGCCAGGUCCGUCUGUCCGGCCCAGGCCCAGCUCCAGGCGGGCUCAAUGAUGUCAUAGCCGGGCCAGGGGUGGGGGCAGAGAACAACUGUGUCUUAAGUUGUUUUUCAAGGGGAGAGAGACAAAGAGACGGAGAGACUCCGGGAGACGGAGAGACGGAGAGACUCCGAGAGACAGGGGGACGGAGAGACUCCGGGAGACGGGGGGACUAGCAGAGCCCCGAGAGGGCACCGGGGCCAGAGACGGGCAGAGGCAGCUGGGAGGUUAGCGAGCCAGCCAGGCCGGGCAGGGGGCUGAGCGACAUGGAGCAGUUACCCAGCAGGGCUCUGCUCUGCUGCCUCCUGCUUCUGCAGAGCUGCAGCGUUGACUUGUUCUCAGCGGGGUCCCCAGGGUCCGGGGCCAGCACCGUGGUGUCAGAAGCCACCCUGAGCCAGCCUGCGGGGGCCCGAGCUCUGCUUCGCUGUCAAAGCCCGCGGAUGGUGUGGACUCAGGACCGGCUACACGACCGGCAGCGGGUGGUCCACUGGGACCUCAGUGGCGGCCCCGGCGGCCCCGCGCGCAGACUCCUGGACAUGUAUUCCGCGGGGGAGCAGCGCGUCUAUGGGGCCAGGGACCGGGGCCGCCUCCUCCUGGCUCCCGCAGCCUUCCAGGAUGGCAACUUCUCUCUGAUCAUCCGCUCUGUGGAGGAGCAGGAUGAAGGCCUGUACACCUGCAACCUUCAUCAUCACUACUGCCACCUGUACGAGAGCCUGGCCAUUCUCCUGCGGGUCACCGAUGACCCCCUGGAAGCUGGUGCCCACUGGGAUGGGGAGAAGGAGGUCCUGGUGGUAGAAAGGGGCUUCCCGGCCCUGCUGACCUGUGUGAACAGAGCCCAGGUGUGGACCGAGCGGCACCUGGAGGAGGAGCAGCAGGUGGUGCACUGGGACCGCCAGCCCCCCGGGGUCCCCCACGACCGCGCCGACCGCCUGCUGGACCUGUACGCCUCGGGCGAGCGCCGGGCCUACGGGCCUCCCUUUCUGCACGGGCGAAUGGAAGUCAGCCCGGACGCCUUUGCCCGCGGGGACUUCUCCCUGAGCAUCGACCCCUUGGAGCUGGCCGACGAGGGCACCUAUUCCUGCCACCUGCACCAUCACUACUGCGGCCUCCACGAGAGGCGCAUCUUCCACCUGGCCGUGUCGGAGCCCUCGCCCGGACCCCGCGGCCCGCCCCCCCUGCCCGAGGACACCCUGGGCAACCGGACCAGCCAGAGCCGAAGCCCCUCCCCCGCCGAUCCCCCAGUGGUCCAAGGCCACAAUGUCAUCAACGUCAUCAUCCCUGAAAGCCGCACCCACUUCUUCCAGCAGCUGGGCUAUGUCCUUGCCACCCCGCUCCUCUUCAUCCUCCUCCUCAUCAUCGUGGUUCUCGCCACCCGCCGUUGGCGGCGGCAGAAAGGCUAUGCUUAUGAUGUGAAGAAGUCAGGCGGGAAAGAUGUUAAUCUGAAGGAAUUUGCAGUGGAUCCUGCUGAUUUAUCUCAGAUUAGGAGCGAGGAUAUCAGGCUGGAUUAUAAAAACAACAUCCUCAAGGAGAGAGUGGAGCUGGCCCUGGGCGUCCUAGGCAAAAACAGCGACUUAGACAGAGAGUUGCAGAAGGAAUAUUGUAAAUGAAGACUCCCGGCCUCAGACCCCUCCUCAGAGACCCUCCCUUCCCCAGCUCUGCCCCCCGUUGCCCUCUUCCCCAUUGUGAACCCCUCCCCCUCACCCAGGACUUCCACCUGGUCUGGCCGGCCCCUGCGGCAGG